ACGAGGCUCAUGAAGUAAAAUUUCAGUUCUACAUAAGUAAUAUUUACAUGAUGUGGCCCUUCUUUUUUGUCUGAGUCCUAAUUCUUGGAAUCCGUGUGUGGGCGCAAAUAUUCUAUUCGGUUUAUACCAACACUUUAUUUGUACUCUCCGCUACUCCGCUAGUCACUACAAGUGCAUGUCCUCUUAAUGAGAGAAGUUCUUGGUUGCGACAAGCCUCGUUACCACUGCUUAUCAAUCCAACUAGAUCCGAUGGAAACAAUUUACAAGAUUUCCCCGAGAUUGACUGGGAUCUCCCAGAUCUCGCCUCCACCCUCGCUCCCCAUCGCAAAAUUGCUUGUUGCACUUACCUAAAUUGUGUUCACCUUCGAGCCAUGUGGUAGCCAUUACAGAAACUGCAUAGCCUAUUCUCAUCAUGCCGCCGAUCAGUUUUUUUGGGAUUCGACCAUGUAAGUACUCACAGUGGUGUGGCGUCAUUGGUUCUGCUUGCCAAGCUUCAUGUGCACACUGCCUGCUGUCCUUCGGAUGGGCAUAUAAAACUGCCCUACUGUAUACCCUGUGCUUGCUCUUGUCCUUCGACCGUGAAACCAUGCUAGACCGACGGCUCCUGCCAAUCAAUCGAAAUGUCCUUGAUGUCCAUGUUUGUUGCGCCCCUGCCAGUCCAUCCACUAACUUUCCGCCAACUACCACCAAUACGCUUACACGUGUCUCGAAUUAUGGCUCCUGGCAAAGUCACCCAGUGACCCUUCACAGCGCCCGGCAUCACGACCCUGCGUCAUGCAGCACGUUACAGAUGUGGCCCGAUGUCCGAGUUCACCAUUUGAAUUCCACCGAUUCCACCAUAUUUAACGAGCCGUCGUAUCAGUGGCAGGCUUACGCCAUCCCGCCUUCAAGCGGGCUACUCUCACCUACUAUACCUCCGCAUCUGGCUGCAGAAUAUCGCUUUUCAUCGCAGCCUCGCGGUGAAAAUAUACAUCACCUCUCAGAACAUUCACCCACCAACCAUUCAUAUUUCCUCCCACAUCAUGGCCAUUCCUCGUCUCCCCUCUUGCCUUGCAAAUGGCUACACGACGACGCAUCCCAAAUCUGCGGAUUCUGGGGAACAUUAGAGGCACUAAAAGCGCACUGUAAAACUCACUUAAAUGCCGGUCCCCCACACGCGCAGAUAGAGUGCCGCUGGGACCAUUGUGAUUAUAAAAAGCGUUCGAACUCGGCAGUACGUUCUAUGCGGCGCGACUGUAUGUGGCGCCACAUGUGCGAAGUCCACUUGGGAAUGAAGAGGAUCACCUAGGCGAGCUCACCCCCUCAUGUAUCUUUGCUGUACUUGUUGUACGGUUGCUAGCUGUGUUGCUAUAAUAGAUCCUUAUCGAUCGUUUGUCAUCGACUCUCGUAUUAUAGUUUUCUAUAUUGACACCAAAAAAUACAGUGAUCAUUCUGGCCUCUUGAACAUCAUGAGGUGACUACCGCUCGGUAAGGUAUUUUCUGCUCACAUAUAAGGUUAAACACCUUGCCAUCGCGCCCACCCCAUCGCGCG